AUGCAAGUCGGUGAUGAUAGUCAUAUUGAAAAGCAAUGGCAGGCUGCUUGCGCUGAGGGUGGGGGUGGAGGUGGAGGUAGAGGUAGGGAAGCAGAAACAGAUACGGGUGCGGAUGUGAAUACGGAUGGGAAUGGGAAUUCGGCAAAAUAUAUCGAGGAUGGGGUAGGGAAUGAGGAUGAGGACGGGAAUGGGAAGAUGGAUAAAGAUGCGGCAAGCAAUUUACUAGAGAGAUGUAAUGAGAUUGCGCGCAGAGUAAAUGGAUUUCUAGAAGAAGAGUUUGGGGUGGAAGAAGAGGUGCUGAGGGGGGUGCAGGCGCAGACGAGGAUUGCGCUGGGGGUUAUUGGGGAGUGUUUGGAUAGAUAUAGCUUGGAAGAAAUAUCAUUUUCAUAUAACGGGGGAAAAGAUUGUUUAGUUUUACUCAUACUCCUCCUCGCCGCGCUUGCAAACCAUCAAUCCUCCUCCUCCACAACGCCUUCCACCACCACCACCACCACCGCCAAACCACCGCCCCUCCCCCUCCCCCCCAAACUCCCCUCCGUCUACAUCCUCUCCCCGCACCCCUUCCCGGAAGUCGACACUUUUGUCUCCAGCUCCUCCACGCACUACCAUCUAAGUCUCUCGCGCUAUGCCGCUCCCAUGAAACAAGCUUUCACGCAAUAUCUACACGACCAUCCACAUACCCAAGCGAUUUUGGUCGGGACGCGGCGGACGGAUCCGCAUGGAGGCGAUCUUACACAUUUUGAUAUGACGGAUGGGGGAUGGCCUAGGUUUAUGAGAGUGCAUCCGGUGAUCGAUUGGCAUUAUCGGGAGAUUUGGGGGUUCAUACGCCAUCUACAAAUCCCAUACUGUCCGCUCUACGAUCAAGGAUAUACGUCGUUAGGUGGCACAACAGAUACGCAUCCGAAUCCGGUUUUGGUGGCUGAUGAUGGGAAGGGAGAGGUGUUGAAAUUUAGACCGGCGUAUGAGUUGGUGGAGGAUCAGGAGGAGAGAGGGAAGAGGGAAGAGGGGGGUAAGGGCGGGGGUCGGAGAGGAGAAGGAGAGGAGAGAGGUGCAGAAUUGGAUGUCGAUGUGGAAGUAGAGGAGAGUGAAGAAUUGGAUGUGGAGGCAGAAGCAGAAUCUAGAAUCUAG